AUGCAUACCCUCAGCCUACUCAUAAUUAUCUUAUCCUUCAUCUCUUUUAUCCAUGCGCAAGACGCCGAUAAAUCUUAUACCUCUGACAAAGCCUUCAAAGAAGCGGUCUUGAAUGUCACGAACACAUACAGAGAUUGGUAUAAUGCUACGGCAUUAAGCUGGAAUGAUACCCUUGCAGAAGCAGCAGAAAAUGCUGUCGAGGAUUGUAUAUUUGAACACUCUGGCCAGCCUUAUGGUGAAAACUUAGCUGCAGGAUAUCCUAAUGUUUCUGCGGCGAUUACGGCGUGGAAGGAUGAAGUUGAUGAGUACGAUUAUGGAGAUCCAGAUUUUAGCAUGGAGACUGGACACUUCACACAGCUAGUAUGGACUAAUACUACUCAAAUCGGAUGUGCCAGAAAGGAGUGUGGGGGUGAGGGAAAGGCACCCGGGUGGUUUCUUGCAUGUGAAUACGCUCCACAUGGGAAUGUCAUCGGACAGUUUCAAGAUAAUGUCGAAGAACAAGUCCGAGGACCUGGGUCUGGCGCUGGGAGGAAUGAGACUUGGAUUCGCCUGGUUAUGGCUUGGUUUAUGGUGCAGGCUUUCGCACAGUUGGUCUAA